AUGGACCAAUCUCAGCAAUCGCACGAUAUUCUAGUCGAUGAGUUGGCGGGUAUUAAGAAGCGGACAUUCAGGGUGGCCGUGGGCGUGAUCUUUACUAUUGCUACGAUAUCUGUGUUUGCCAGAGCAGCAAUUCGAAUUAAAACCCUGAGGCGCAUUUUCGUUGACGGCUAUCUCCUAUUUAUCGCAGCGGCUUUUCUUGUGGGAUCUACUGGCCUAAUAUACCACCUCUGUGAUUGGCUUUACCUUGCUACAGCAUUCCAGAAUGACCCUUCAGCCGUCUCCCAGCUCAGUACGCAAGCCGCUCUUGACUUCACAAACAAAUUUACUCAGAGCUACGACAUAUUCCUUGUAAUUAGUUGGACAUCUGUCUUCUACGUCAAGUUCUCGUUCCUAGCCUUUUUCAAACAGUUGAUACGUCAAGUACAAAAGAUUCACUACUUCUACUGGGCGGUGGUUACUCUAACCGUCGUUUCUUGA